GGCGCGGGCCGCGGGCGCAGAGCGCGGCGCGGCGUCGCCCGCACCGCCCACCCCCGCCCACGGACCGCCUUCGGCCGCCCACGGGCGUCCACUCGCCACCCGGCGCGGCGGGGGCCUCGGCUCGGGGCCUGCCGCGGUCUCCGCCGUCGCCGCCGCCGGGUGCAGUUGACCAUCUGCCUUGAUUGGUAGUAGUAACUGGGUCUUGCUCAACAUGGUUUUGGGGGACGCUCGCGCCAGGGAAAUCGCCUCAUCGAGGCGGCUACCGCGGCGCUAGCGCCCCCAAGUCCCCGUUGGUCAUGGCGUGAUUAUGACAUCCAAAAAUCAUCAGCCAGACAUUCUGCAAGAAAGUACUAUAAAGAGCAAUUCCCAGUUAAUGCAGUUACAUAAAUAAUUUGCAUUGCGGCAAAAACCCAUGUUGCUGUCUGCUUCUCUCAGGCCUGAGAGUGGACACACAGCAAAGGGCCGAGAGCCGAGCCGCCGCCCCGCGCGGCGGCCGAUGCACCGCCCCGAGGAGCUGAAGCCCAACCAGCCGUUGCGUGCGCCCGCGCAGCCGCCUGGAGAGCGGGCGGUCAAGGUCACCGCCGCGAGCACGAACUGGGCCGAGUGCGCCCGCGCCCGCCCCACCCGCCACGCCCGCCACGCCACGCAGCCAAACGUAUAAUGUUGUUACAAGAAAUAUUCGAAGAUAUCUUACCGUCAGAAUGAACUUUGAAUUGUGAACAUUUAUUGUGACAUUGAUGAACGAGAGAUCCUCCAUUUUAUGUUCCCUGUGUAUUUAUACACAUUAUCGGUUGUAACGUUUUUUGACGGGUUGAAUGUUUGCUUGAGAAUGUCGUAAACCUGUGCGCUGCCUGGCGGCGGCGGCGGCGGCGGCGUGUGGGGCGCGAAAAGGCGCCGUGCGACGACCCGCCUGCCGCACACCGCCGCCCCCUUGAGCGCUCGUCGGAUAGGAAACCUCCGUUUGUUCUCCAUCGCGCCCCUAACUACAUGGUCCUGACCCGGGCGAGCAGCGGGCUGCGCCGCCGCCGCCCCGGCGCCCCCCCCCCCUCCCAACCCCCCCACCCGCCCUUGGUUGGCUAUUGAAUAAAGUCGCGCAGAAAAGA